AUGAGGAACUUCUCUCAAGUAUAUGUUGUUGAUCCAUCCUGGUCUACAGAAACUUCCGAAACAUUCUAUCCGGACCCAAGAGAUCAACCCCUGUUGUCCAAUGAAGAUGAUCACUUUAACGUACCUCAGUCAGCUCACGCUUACGCAACCGAACUUGUGCUUCCUACUCUCUUACAACAGUUACAAGAUCCCUUGUGCAAAUAUCAAACGACAUUGAAUGAGAUCAGACGGUUUUUAUAUGGUGAAGAAAUCUGUUUACUUGAUUCCUCCCCAGCUGAAUCUGAUGUGUUGGUCAGAUCUGAAGGAUCUGGAAGCUCAGAGUCGGAUGACACAACCGGCUCCUUCCAUUCUGCAAAAACGACUUUGUCUGGCAAAAAAACAAAGAAUGUGAGAUUUGUAUCAUCACUUCCAUCACCUCCUCCCACUCCUUCCACUCCUUCAGUGGAUUCAAGUCCAGAAGAGAAGUCACACCGGACUUCCGUAGAGAUGCGACUACCUCCUCGUCCGAGUGAGAUAGAUAGAAGUCAGAAACAAACCUGCGACAAUCCUGGAAGUAUAGUGAGGAGUCUAUUUAAUCAGACUUCAAUAAAUAAUCUCCAACAAGCUUUGACGUUGAUAACUCAACUAAUUAGUAUUCAGGAAGAUAUGAACCUCUGGUUACCUGUGACAAGCGCUCACAUGGCUAAAUUGGAGACAUACGACAAUGAUCCCUCCGACGAGAUGACUGAUUGUCUCAAGACGUAUAGGUAUCAACGUAGGGAAUUAUGUGAAACAGUGAAGGAGAUGAUGCCCGGUGUGCACAGACAAACUUUGAGUGAGGCAAUUGGUAGUUUGAUGCAAUAUACGAUCAUUUGGGAUGAGGGUGGAAGUUUGAAGUUGAGAGAGGUUUAUCAAGUUUGGAAGUCUGCUCAAAAAUCUUUGACACAUUUGGAACAGAAGCGAGAAGACGUGAAGGAGCAGUUGAGACUAUUGACCGAGAAAAAGAAUAUCGAAUUAGUGAGAUUGUAG